AGACCUGGGUUCCGACACUUCUGAGGCCUCCUUCGGAUCGCUCAAAUUAAGGUGUCAGAAAAUGAGGGAGAAGAGAGGCUGAUCGUGAAUACCUGGCGAAGAGGUGUUGGAUCCUCUCUCUCGUUACCUGGGGCUCACCUUUGAAGUCUCGCUACCACCACCGAGGGACCAAAACAUCGCCUUUCACUCACCUGUCUAAUUACCUAGAGAUCCACUCGCUUAUCUACACACCUACCUGCUUACCAGUUGAUCGGCUUCACUCUAUUAACCUUAUAUCCAAAGAUUCCGUAAGCUAUUGUCUUGUCUCUUGUACUUACUUAUAUCUUACCUUAUCUAUCUAUUAUCUCACCUACCUACUAAUCUACCUGUUUGCCUACCUGCUCAAUACUUACCUUUUACAGCUUCGAUAGGCAAGAUUAUUUACAUCAGUGCACCUGUUUUUCCCUUUUCUGUCCUGCUUCCCACACUUUCCUACUUCACAAAUUAAUUAGUUACCUUCUACCUUUUUUCGUAUUUACUCAAACUUGCGUUCCUUGGUACAUUCGUUUUCUCUUCCUUUCCCGUUCUCUGUAUCUCAGGUAUCGUUUUUCUCCCCUCCUAAACACUAUUAACGCAUCCUAGUCCUCAUUCAGGCUGGUUCACCUUUCUUACUCUUCCCAUUACUUAUUUAGGGAGCAAAUACAUCGCCCUCUUCACAUGUCUCACACUCUCAGUACCUCACCGAUCUUUCCUUUACUCCGCCCUUCUAUCACUCUUUCUCUACCUUGCCCAUAAGUGCGAUCUAUAUCCCAUUAGUAUUAUUGUCCUAACCUCAUUUUCUCUUUCACAGCUCUCAGGAGUCGUAAUUGUAGCUCUCUUUGCUCUUCCCACGCCAAAAACGCGAUCUGGUGCUGCUUUUCCAUCGUCCUUCUUCUCCAAUACGUCCUUGAUUUAAUUUCCUCUCUCAACACUGUCACGAGUUUCUCAUAAGCUUCUAGUGACAUCGUUCCCAGCGCCUGUCCAGAUAUCAAUCCUGUGUUUUCCUGUUCUCCGCCUUCAAUUAGUUCCGUACUUGAGCUGUCUCUAACUUCCUACGUAAGAAGUAACGCCAUUUCGUAGUCUUUCCACGGUAUCCCUCUUCACCCUCACUCCUUUAGGCUCCUUUGUUCAACCUUCAACACCUUCAUAGCUAAAUAUAACCUCCUAAGUAAUAGUAACAUCGGAACACCUUCUGGUACUCUUCCCAUCUCCUUCUUCACCUACACGCCUAUUGUUCCCUUUCCUCGAAUUUCACGCUACUAUACCCUCUUAUAAACUCUCUUUCCCCGCACAAUACCUUCUUUGAUCCUCCCUCUUAUCCCCCAUACGUCUGUUCUCCCAUUCCUUCAGCCUAUAGCCUCCAGCUCUUCGGUAUGACUGAUCACGAGCACAGAAUACGCCUGGUGCUGCUCGGUGGCGCUGGCGUGGGCAAGAGCUCCAUCAUCAACCGCUUCCUCUUCAGCAAGUACACGGACAAAUACAAGAGCACGGUGGAGGACCUUUACAACCGGGACUAUGAAAUCGGCCGCAUCACCCUCAAAGUGGAUAUCUUGGACACAGCGGGCGAUUUCCAGUUCCCGGCGAUGAGGCGUUUGUCCAUCGCCAACGCACACGCCUUCCUCAUCGUCUACUCCAUCGACCAGACGCACUCCUUCGACACCGUGCGGCAGGUCAUCGGGGAGAUCAAGGAACAGAGGACCGACUUCGAGGAGAUUCCCAUCGUCAUCGCCGGCAACAAGAUGGACCUGGAGAUCGAGCGGCAGGUGUUCAAAGAGGACGUGACUGAUUGGAUUUAUCGUGAGCUGCAGCGGUUCAGGUGUCGCGUGAUCGAGUGCUCGGCGAAGGAAAACCUGCACAUCAAGGAUAUCUUUCGCACCUUCCUGCAGAUCGGGAAGGUGCCUCAGGGGGAAGACUCCAGCCUCAAGCGACAGAGCUCUGCCUACUGCAAAACGAGGUCACAGCACCGCUCGCAGACUCCCCCCAGCGACCGCGAGUCCAUUCCCGAGAACGGAGGCGCCAGCGGGUCCACCCCUCCUUCAGCCUUCUCCAGAAACAAGCCCCGAAGUCGCUCGCUCAUCCGCCGGUCGUCCAAGAAGGCUAAGCAGCAAGUGAGAGACGCCCAGCCUGAUGAGUGCAGUCUGUCCUAACCUACUGUGGCGUGAGGAGGUCCGUGGCUGCCGGAGCGUCGAUGCAAAAGGAGGUUUCUCUGCUGGCGUUCCGCAUUAUCGUGUGUUGGUACGUGUACCGUUUGAGUGGACAGAGAGAGAGGCGAGAAGACCCGGCAUUAACGUAAGAAGAGGAGGUAAUACAGGUUGGCCAGAGGGCAAGAGGGAGGAUAAGGCAAGCCUAUAAGGUAGGCAUGGAAGAAAAGAAGAAUUAACAUAAGGCGAGAAGAUGAAGAGAAGAUUCCUGCUGUGGAGAGCUUUCAAACUCCUUGUUGGAGAAUACUUAGCGAGUGAUAACACCAGAGAAAGGUGGAAGACUUUGGUAAAGUCCUUGUCCUAUAGUGCACAAAUAGUGGCUGAUAUGGAUCAUCACUGAUGCUGAUAAUGAGUGACUGACUGACUGACUGUGGUGGUUGUGAUGAUGCUAGUGUACAGUGAACAGUGGCUGGUUGUUUUUGGGAGGAAGAUGAGAAAGGGUUCAUGUUUUGAGGUCAUGUCAAAUAGAGGAGCUAGGAAGAAAAGAAGGCAGGAAAGGAGUAAUGAAGGGAGUGAUCCCAGUGUGUGUGUACAGGGUUACAGACUUUGAGAGUGGACCAUUGACUUUUACAUAUCUAUUUUUCCUUUUUUAUUAACUCGCUAAAAGAAAGAAAGGAAAAAGGAAAAUGACAGAAGGCAUGAUCUCAAUCCUUUCUUACGAUGUUGCAGGUAUAUGACUAUUCUUUUGUUCACCGAUUUGUCUAUAUAAUAUCUCCGUCGUGGAUGUGAGUUAAGGGUAAGUCAGGCCACGUCUCGAGAACCUUAGCUGCCUCGAGUGAGUUAAGGUUCUUGGUCUCGGUCUUGGAGAAAGGGAGAAAGGGUCUGUUGCUGGGGCGAGACAUGGUACAAUUGUUGUUCUUCUUGUGUAUUCCUCGAAGUCCUGUAUAUUAGAGUAAGUUCGUGUGACUAGAAAGUGGAAACAUUCAAUUACAUGACCGACUUGCCCUACGAAGAAAUCAUUAAAAGAGAAACGAAGAACAUUAUUAAGCGGCUAAUAAAAAGUAUCGUCAUGUUCACAGUAAAGGAAAAACAUAAUUUGUUACAUCACUCAGCCGUCUCCAGCCAAGAGCAUAAAAAGGAAGUAAAUGACGUGAAAUAUUCAGCAUACAAAGUCACAAUUCCCAAAUAUAAAGGUGAAGCAAAAGAGAAAAACAAAAGACCAGUUUCAAAGUAUAAAGAUGAAAGAAGAGAUAAAUAAAAAAAAAGCAGAGUCAUUUUCCAGACUAGACAGAAUAUUAAAGAUAAAAGAAAAUAUAGAGGAAAAUGAUAUAUACUGAAAAGCUUGCGAGGAGUUUCCAAGAAGCCGAACGAAAGAGAUGAGAAGAUAAAGGAAAUUAAGGGAAGAAAUACGUUUUCCGGAGAAGGUGCGUUGAGGUGGAGCCGAGCAGAAAAUGGAGGAAAAGCGAAACCAGGCAACAUUAAUCUCGAUCGCCUUACGUAGUCUCCCCCGCACCGCACCAUCUACUUAUACAUACGCUGUUGUCUCGCACACUAAUAUAUAUUUUUCCUCUGUCUCCGUCGGCACCGCAAGAGAGAGCAGCACGGCAAGUCUUGAAAUAUUUGUACGCGGGUGAGGCGAAUGCAAUAUACACCCAAGCAUAUAAUUAAAAAGAUAAGAUAUAGAGAUGAGAAAGAGAAAACUGUGUGAUUAUAAAGGUGGUUUCACUUACGCAUAUAUUUUGUUAUAUCUUGGUCAUUUUUGCUACUUCAGUGGAGGGUAUUUAUUUCCCUUAUUAAAGUGUCAUGGAUUCUUCUUCUCAUUUAGUUUGACCGGUAUCGUAUACUUACCGUGUCUAGUGAAGUAAUACGUGACAUUUAGAUAGAGUGAAUAAUAUCGAAGGUCGGCAGUGUACAACCUAUUGACGUUGGUAGUAUCGUGAGGCAAAGGAGAGAAGAGCUGAGUGACUCCAUGCAAUUACCUGAAGAUGUUGAGCAGGUAGAAGACAAAAGUACCAAGAAGUAAAAGAAUAUAUGCCUCUGAAAACGUUUUAGGAUUCUGCGUUUUUUUUUUUCGUAACGGCAAGUAAUGAAAAAUGAACAUGCAAAAGAAGGAUAAAUCACACUUAUAAUGACACUUAUAUAUAGAGAGAAAGAAAAUAUUAUAUCCAAACUUCACAAAUGUAAGAAGUUGUAUAUUAGCAGUCUAGAAUUAUAUCAACUAAUAAUAUAUGUUUGUUUGUGAUGGUAAAACAAAGGCGCAAAAACAGUUUAAAAAAGAAGACAAAAGAGUAACAUCAGCCAUCACGAUAAUAACAAUAUAAUAUUUUUCUCUUCAACAGUCUUCGAAUUAACAGUUAGUAAUGUGUUGUUUAUGUAUGCAACUGGAAAGCAAAGAGGCAAAAAAAAAGAAAGAAAAAGUAUAUCCAAGUUUAAAUAAUGUACCAAGGUAUCUUAUUCUUUAACAGACCAGGCAUUAACUGUUAGCUGUAAAAUAUAUGUAUAUACACCUGGAAAAGAAACAAGCAGCUGGAAUAAUGAGAAGAUAUUAAAAAAACUAUAAUUAAAUCUAAAAAAACGUACCAAGAUACUUUUUUUUAACAGACCAAGAUUUAAGUUAGCAGUAAAAUAUAUACGCACACACACACAAAAAAAAAAAAAACAUGGAAACAAACAAUUGAAAGAAGAUGAGAUAAAAAAAAACAACAACUGCAAAAUCAAACUCUAAGAAUAUAUGAUGAAAUGAUUAUUUUCUUUACCAGACCAAGAUUUAGGUAGUCACAAAAAGACAGAAGAUAAAAAAAAAGAAACCAGCCAAAUCACAUUCUACUAACAUGUAAAAAAAGAUGAUAUAUGUGCACAAAAAACAAACAAACAAACAAAAAGACAGAAGAUAAAAAAAAAACAGCCAAAUCACAUUCUACUAACAUGUAUAAAAAGAUGAUAUAUGUGCACAAAAAACAAACAAACAAACAAAAAGACAGAAGAUAAAAAAAAAGAAACCAGCCAAAUCACAUUCCACGAACAUGUAUAAAAGGAUGACUUAUUAUUUCGUUCACAAGCCUAGAAACGGUGUCUGUCUGAGGCUCAAAUACUCUUUAGUUUGCCAUGUCGUCGUCGUCGUCAUCGCCUACCUGUAGAUAAUGUCGGAAUAACGAUAACGAUAACUAAUAAUAAUAAUAAUAAUGGUGAAUGUAUUUUCCUGUCGUCUUCUCUGUUCUGUCUUAUCUGUCUGUCUGUCUGUCUGUCUGCCAAUCCGUUUCGCUUUCAAUAUUCCAGUGUGUUGGUCUGUGUGUGUGUGUGUGUGUGUGUGUGUGUGUGUGUGUGUGUGUGUGUUCUCUGUACUGGCUGUAAUGUAGUGAUUUAUUAUUUUAUUUUUUAUUCCGCAUAGCAUCGUAUUUUUUUUUCUUCCGCUUCGCCAUGCACACAAGAGUCCCUUUGUUCGCGUGUUCCUGUUGCUCUGUCGCAUCACUCCGCUCUAAUUUAAUGCCACUAGGUGAAGGAAAUUUUAAUGUUCGUAGCGAUGCGUGUGUGUGUGUGUGUGUGUGUGUGUGUGUGUAUAGAAAGGAAAAACGAAGGGGAGUGAGUGAGAGCGAGAAUCAGGGGAAGAGGAAGUUGAAAGAGCAAAAUAGUAGUAAUGGUAGUAGAAGAAUAGUAAUAUGAAGAAAGGGAUGUGGUAGUAGUAGUAGUAGUAGUAGUAGUAGUAGAAGUAGUAGUAGUAGUAAAAGAAGCUAAGAAUGUCGAGUUUGUGUGUGUGUGUGUGUGUGUGAGAGAGAGAGAGAGAGAGAGAGAGAGAGAGAGAGAGAGAGAGAGAGAGAGAGAGAGAGAGAGAGAGAGAGAGAGAGAGAGA